CGUCUGCUUAUCAGUCAGUUGUGCCUGCGAUCUCGCGCGUCACUUCGCGCUCUCUUCAUCCUCCCAUAUGAUAGUUACAUUUUCUUGAGUUUCCUAACUGUGGAAAAGUGAGACUGCUGGUGGGAAUGUUUGUCAAAAUGAGGACCCUGAUCCCCGGACUUUUCUCUUUCAUAUACUUAAAUGAAUUUAUGAGAGUUUGUGGAACGCUAACAACUUUAGAGCAAGUGACAGGCAUGAUGGGAGAAAUGGUCACUAUAGAGUGUGACUAUGUCAACCCUCCUGGCCGGAAGUGGUACGUCAUCCAAUGGAAGAGGAGAAACAAUGGAACAGAACCAAAAACCAUCGUCACGCUACAAAACAACUUCCUGACAGAGGACACAAAGCCAUUAGGAGCAUCAUGGAACGAUGACCUUGACCCAGGUUUUCGCAGCCGAGCAAGGACGAAUAUUCGACAGGAUGAGAACGGUUUGAAGUUUAACCUUGAGAUCUACAACUUCGGCUGUGAUGACAGAGGACUAUAUUCAUGUGAAAUGAUUGGGGAUAACUCUGCCACAUCAUUGACAAAGCUCGUUCUUAAGGCCAGACCCGGGACACCUGUCAUCAACAAUGACGUCAUUAUCGUGGACGAGAACACCACAUGCGAGUUAGAAUGUGAAGUUUUGGCGGGGCUUCCCCCAGUCAGUCUAGUUUGGCUCAUCUCCACCCCCGACAGUUCCAAGUAUGAGCCAAUGGAUAAUCUCCCAAACCAAAUCGUCAAGCAGGGGACUGAUUGCCGACCCAGGGUAAUUCAGCAUGUGCAACUGAUGAUUACUAAGGAAAACAGUGGUUCCAUGUUUAGAUGUCAGGUUGAAAACAGCAUUUCUGAUAUCAUCUCUGAAGAUCUGUAUGACGAAGUUCAAGUCAAAAUACCGGACCCCAUUCUUCCAUCUUCUCCUGCCUACACUCUGGCUUGUGCAGACGAAGAAUGCCUAUCAGACGGGCCAAUAUUAGACAAUAAACAUAACAGUGCAGCUAUUUUGUUUACGUCAAUUAUUCCAUCCAUUGUCUCCGUGUUCAUUUGCAUAAUUUUAUGACGUCAUGUGCACCGUAAGCUCACAAUAACGAAAUUCCAAGGAAGUCGUUCUAUGCACAGGCAAGUGCCAUUGGAUGCCUGUGAGGAACGAUAUUUAACUCUCAGAAAUCCAGAAACUCAGUUCAUUAAGAAUGUAUUUAUUUUUGCGUGCAUGGUUUGAAAGAGUGUGUGACUUGUUUAAAUUAAAGAAAUUACAUUGUGUCGUAGUUGAUCUCAACAAAUCCACUACAAAUCACGAAUAUUACUUGUUUGUUCAUAUGUAUUUUUUGCAAGAUGCAUUGUUCAUAAACUUAACUGCAGCAAUCUCUAUCAUCAUCAUUAUGAAUGCCUGGAUGUCGUAGUUAGUUUUACCGAGUGCUUCACUAACGUUGUAAAUGUUUUUGUGAUUACCUAUGCUAGUAUGACUGAAGAAUGUAGAUAACAUGCAUUUGAAUAGUAACAUCUGGAGGGAUCACAAAUGUUAUGUAAUUUCUAAAUAUAUUUCACAAUGGUUGAAAAAAAACACGAUAUGUUUUACUAGUAAGUCCCGGUGUUUAUUUCUUACUCAAGGGAUUAGAAUGAAUUCUGUAGUGUUUUGGAAUCUCAUUAUUGCCAUUUUUUUUAUUACCCAUUCCAAAAAGGUAGCACUUCAGCGUUUUAUCAAUUUAAUACUCAGUGGAUUGCAAUGGAUGAACCGAUUUUAUAUUCUUAGAUUUUAUAUGAAAUGAAGUUGACAAUUCUUGUAUAAAAAUUGAUUAAGAAAAUAAAUAUGAAGAAAUUGA